CACGUAUUCAGGGACUGCCGCAUUAUAAAUGACACGAGCGGCAUAACAACCCUUGGCUUUUCUCCGUUGGUAGGAACGCAGGCUUCAAGGACCAGGGACGAGGGAGACUGAAGAAAAGACAGCUGUGCGGUCGAAACUCAGUGAAAACACGCGCCACAGUGCUCAUUUGCCUCUUCUGUGAGGCGCGUAUAGAGCAUGGCGAAAGAAACAAGAGGGAAAGCUGCCCUGCGCAAGCACAGCGCCUCCCACUGGCGGAUGCAGAACAUCGCACAGGAGUCUGUCGACAGCUCCGACGAUGAGUUCUUUGAUGCUAGAGAGGUUCUGGAGGGGAAGACGGCCAUGCUGCUGGGCAUGAGCCAGUGGAACUCCAACGACCUGGUGGAGCAGAUCGAGACGCUGGGGCGCAUGGACCAGACGCAAGAGAGCCUGUACCGCCACGGCCGCCGGCGAUGUCACCCCCAGAGUAGCAUUGAUGGGCUGGAGGAUAUGGAGAAGUGCAACACAGAGGUUCUGAUCUUGCUGGUGCAUGGCGGAAACAUUCUCGACACGGCCGGCGGUGACCCGGGCACCAAGGCGGGCGACGUGAGCACGCUGGCGUCCGUGCUGGAGAAGGUGUCCAGGGCCCACUUCCAGGCAGCCGCCGAACAUGUGCUCAUCAAGCUGGUGCCCUGCCCAGCCGUGUGCGCCAAAGCCUUCUCGCUUGUCUCCAACUUGAACCCGUACAGCUAUGAUGAGAGCUGCGUGUCCAGCAGCGUUGACCACCUCCCGCUGGCCGCGCUGCCUCUCCUCGCCAUCGCCGCCCCGCACUACCAGGACGCCGUGGCCACCGUCAUCGCCCGCGCCAACCAGGUCUACCACAGCUUCCUGCAGUCCCCGGACGGCCAGGGCUUCACCGGCCAGGUGUGUUUGUUGGGCGACUGCGUGGGGGGUGUGCUGUGCUUCGACGCCCUGUGCUUCAGCAACAGCCAGCGCCCGGCCAGCCCCUGUGGCAGCAGCAAGAACAACAGCACCGAGAGCCUCAAGGAUAACCCGGGCCUGUUGGAUGAGGCCGGCCCUGGCCUGAGUGCCAGUAAGCGCCUCAGUAAGAGCAACAUCGACAUCUCAGCCCCCAUAGACGAGCUCGGGCGCCGCAGGCAGCCUCUCAGCCGCAAGCAGAGCGACUCCUUCGACGACGCUUCCUCCGGGCAGCACGCCACUUUCCUCAACAGUCUAAUUCAGGAUGGUGGGGAUCUCCGGCCAGGCAGCAACCACAACCUAGUUCUGAACCCGGGGCGCUUUGAUUUCGAGGUGUCGGACUGCUUCCUCCUGGGCUGCCCACUGGGCCUGGUGCUGGCCAUGAGGAGGACUGUGCUCCCGGCGGUCCAAGUGACCCAGCUGCGGCCAGCCUGCUCUCAGAUCUGCAACCUCUUCUUCCCCUCGGACCCCUCGGCGUCGCGCCUGGAGCCCCUGCUGCACCCCAACUUCCACCGGCUGCCCCCCUUCGCCAUGCCCCGCUACCAGCGCUACCCCCUGGGGGACGGACGCUCGGCUCUCAUUGCGGACGACAUUCACGCUCAUCCCGAGGUGUUUCUGGACGCGGCCCAGAGCACAGCCAGCGCUCCCCAGCCCUGCUCCCCCCCACUGGACAGAGAUAGCAGGCCAGGGGCUGGCAGUGGUGGAGGAGGAGGGGGAGGAGGAGGAGGAGGAGGCCGGGGUGUAGGCCUGGUCCGCCGGUCCAGCCUGACGAGCGUGGACAGCGAGGCGUCCGGUGGUGCAGAGAGCCGCCUCAGCAGCACGGUGGCCAACAUCUCCAGCACCUGGUGGGGCUCCAAGCGUCUGGACUACGCUCUCUACUGCCCCGAUGUGCUCACCUCCUUCCCCACCGUGGCCCUGCCACACCUGUUUCAUGCAUCCUACUGGGAGUCCACCGACGUGGUGGCCUUCAUCUUGCGGCAGGUGAUGCGAUGUGAUUGUGUCCACGCCCAGGAGGCUGACCAUACAGACUCUGGCCUCUUCUCCCCCUCCAGCCCCAGGGAGAAGUGGCUGCGCAGGAGAACCCAUGUGAAACUGAGGAACGUGACGGGCAACCACCGGGUCCACGACGUCAUCGCGACCGAGGACGGGACGCAGACGCUGGUGGGCCGCUUCAUGUACGGGCCGCUGGACAUGGUCACGCUGACCGGAGAGAAGGUGGAUAUAUUUCUGAUGACUCAGCCACAGUCAGGCCGCUGGGUGCACUUUGACACGGAGGUGACCAACAGCAAUGGGCGCAUCUCCUACACCAUCCCCAAGGACAAGAGGCUGCCAGUGGGGGUCUAUCCCAUCAGAAUGGUGGUGAAGGGUGACCAGACGAGCGCGGAGGCCUUUAUCACAGUGCUGCCGCGGGGGAUGGAGUGUGUGGUGUUCAGCAUUGAUGGCUCCUUCGCCGCCAGCGUCUCCAUCAUGGGAAGCGACCCCAAAGUGCGACCAGGCGCUGUGGAUGUUGUUAGUGUCUUUCAAAGGACCCCCAUAAAAAGCAAACCAAAUGAGCCGCGUGCGCUGAGACUGAUCAGAUUCAGCGCGGUGCUCAGGGCCAGAGCCGCUCUCCUAUGCGGCCGCCUGCCUCCUUCUGUGAACUCAUCUCGGGGAGCGGCGCUGCCAUAAGUGGCGUAACUGAUGAAAGAAAAACAAAGCGGCGGCACUCCUCCAUAAGAGCAGAAAACAGGUCUCUUCUCUU